AUGGCGUCCUCAGCAGAUGUGUACGUCUUUGGCGAUCAAAGCACUCCCGUUCUUGAUAAACUACAAGCCCUUGUCCGCGUGAAAGACAACGCGCUUUUGACUUCCUUUCUUGGCGAGGCGUUUUUGGCAGUUCGGCGUGAGAUCGUUUCGCUGUCGUCUUUGGAGAGGAAAUCGAUUCCCGAGGCUGAAAGCUUGAGUUUGCUCUUGGAGGGCGUUCGGAGGAGUGAACCUCAUGCAGCGCUGGAUAGUGCUUUUGUUUGCAUUUAUGAGAUUGGAUACUAUAUCGACUAUCUUGCCCGUUCGGAUAAGCAACAUCCAUCGGCCUCUCCAUCUUUUCUACUCGGUAUUUGCACUGGUAGCAUUGCAGCAGCGGCUGUGAGCUGCGCUAAGGAUGUUUUUGAGAUCUCGAGACUGGGUGUUGAGGCUGCUACUGUUGCUUUCCGACUUGGAAUGCAUGUUCGCAGACGAGCUGAGAACCUUGGGUAUUCGACACCCUCAAGUUGGUCUAUGAUUCUGUCUUCGAAUCAGGAAGAGCUUGUCUCAGAAGCUUUACAACAAUUCUCAAAUGAGAAGAAUCUUACUCCCAGCACGCGUCCCUACAUCAGCGCCAUCGGUCCUGGUUUCACAACGAUCAGCGGUCCCCCAUCUAUCCUCGAAUCACUGAAGGCCUCCGAUGCUUUCUCUGGAAAGAGGUUAUAUCCAGCUCCCAUCUAUGGUCCCUACCAUAACUCUUCAGCAUACUCCGAGUCGAGCCUCGACAAUACCCUAGCAUCAAUCCUCCAAGAUAUUGAGUUCCUAGAGAACAAGAUGCUCAUACCCAUCAUCUCCUGCGCAUCAGGAUCUCGUUUACACCAGCUUUCCUUCGGAGACCUCCUCGACGACGUUUUGAGCAGCGCUCUCUCUCAGCAAAUCCGCAUGGAUCUCGUCACUGAUGCUCUACUCGAGACAAUUUCUGGUACUGAAGCUACCUUGAUACCAGUCAAUGCUCAAACGACUGUUUGUAGCCUUUCUGACUGGCUGGCCAAGCGAGGAGCUACAACUCUCAUGGGACCAACCUUGGAGAGCAUGGCAAAAGACCGAGCAGAACCCCAAGUUGCUCCCGGCGACGACAACAAGAUCGCCAUCAUCGGCUUCAGCGGACGAUUCCCAGAAGCCGACAACCUCGAUGAGUUCUGGGAUCUUCUCAUCCGCGGCCUCGACGUCCACAAACCAGUCCCCGAAGAGCGCUUCGCUCGCGACCACUACGAUCCAACCGGCCAGCGCAAGAACACCAGCCAAGUCCAGUACGGCUGCUGGUUAAAGUCUGCAGGUCACUUUGAUACCCAGUUCUUUCACAUGUCGCCCAAGGAAGCUAUACAGACAGAUCCAGCUCAGCGACUGGCCCUGCUCACAGCCUACGAAGCCCUCGAGAUGGCUGGAGUGGUACCUGACCGAACUCCCUCUACCCAGAGGAACCGCGUGGGCGUUUAUUACGGUACCACGAGUAAUGAUUGGGGUGAGGUGAACUCCUCGCAGGAUGUUGAUACGUACUACAUUCCUGGAGCGAAUCGUGCCUUUAUUCCUGGACGGGUCAAUUACUUCUUCAAGUUUACGGGCCCGAGUAUCGCCGUUGAUACUGCUUGCUCUUCGAGUCUCGCGGCGAUCAACCUUGCGAUCACGUCGUUGAAGAACAGAGAUUGCGAUACUGCGAUUGCUGGCGGGACUAACGUCAUGACGAACCCGGACAACUUCGCAGGCCUCGAUCGCGGGCACUUCCUUUCUCGCACUGGCAAUUGCAAAGCGUUUGACGAUGGUGCAGACGGUUACUGCCGUGCUGAUGGAAUUGGCACUUUGAUUCUCAAGCGCCUCCCAGACGCCAUCGCAGACAGUGAUCCCAUCUUUGGUGUCAUCCUCGGAGCUCACACCAACCACUCAGCAGAAUCCGUCUCCAUCACCCGACCCCUCGCAGACGCACAGGAGUACCUCUUCAAGAAACUCCUCAACGAGACUGGUAUCCACCCUCACGAUGUUAGCUACGUCGAGAUGCACGGCACAGGCACCCAAGCCGGCGACGCAGUUGAGAUGCGCUCAGUCCUCAACUCAUUCGCCUUCGAUCACAGCCGCCCGCGAGACAAGAGUUUAUAUCUCGGCUCAGUCAAAGCAAACGUCGGACACGCUGAAUCAGCCUCUGGCGUUCUCGCCAUCAUCAAGGUGUUGCUUAUGAUGCAAAAGAACACUAUCCCUCCGCACUGCGGCAUCAAGACCAAGAUCAACCAGGGCUUUCCUAAGGAUUUGGAUCAUCGUGGUGUGCGCAUUGCGUUGAAGGAUAGCGUGGAAUGGACUCGUCCUGAGGGUGGUAAGCGCAGAGUCUUGGUUAACAAUUUCUCUGCUGCUGGUGGCAACACGUCUUUGCUGCUUGAGGAUGCUCCUGCUGUUCAUCCUGCACGACAGCAUCAAGAUGUAGAUGUUCGUACUGAGCAUGUCGUUGCUGUUUCGGCGCGUUCUACCAAGGCUUUGGAAGAGAACUUGAAGGCUCUCGAGGCCUUCAUCGCCAACUCUUGGGCUCCGGAGGGUGACCUUCUCUCCCAGCUUUCGUACACCACUACUGCUCGGCGUGUGCACCACAGUCGACGCGUUGCGUUUGUCACCAACGGUCUUGAUGACUUGAGAAAGUCACUUCUCAAGGCUUCUGCCGCCGCUGGUCAGGUCAAGGGCAUUCCGGCGGUGUCGCCCAAGGUCGGGUUCCUGUUUACCGGACAGGGAGCGCAGGAGACUGCCAUGGCCAUUGGGUACUACAAAAGCUUCUCCUCUUUCCGAUCGGAUAUACACCAGCUUGACUCUAUCGCAACUCUUCAAGGUCUCCCAUCUGUCCUUCCACUUAUUCAUGGCACGACACCCGUUGAGGAUCUGUCUGCAGUUAUCGUGCAACUCGGAACUUGCAUCAUUCAGAUCGCGCUCGCCCGUUUCUGCAUCAGCCUCGGUAUUACUCCCCAGUAUGUCAUCGGACACAGUCUGGGCGAGUAUGCUGCUCUCCAGAUUGCAGGCGUUCUCAGCGUCAACGAUGCCAUAUUCCUCUGUGGUCACAGGGCAGCGCUUCUUGAUAAGAAGUGUACUGCCUACACGCACGGCAUGGUCGCUGUUAAAGCCGCGGCUGAUGACUUGAGGCAGCACAUCUCCUCUGACCUGAAGGUCGAGAUUGCUUGUGUCAAUGGCGCUGAAGACACUGUCCUCAGCGGUCCCAAUGCGGAUAUCGAGUCGCUCUGCGGGAAGUUGACUCAGGCUGGCUACAAGCUGCACAAGCUGGAGAUUCCGUUUGCCUUCCACUCAUCCCAGGUCGAUCCCAUUCUAGAUGAUCUUGAAGAACUGGCUUCUCAGGUUGAGUUCCACGAGCCCAAGCUGCCCAUCGUCUCGCCUCUCCUUUGUACACUGCUCACCGGCGAUACCCUCGGUCCCCAGUACAUCCGCCGUCAUUGCCGUGAGACCGUUGACUUCCUCAGUGCUAUCAAGAUGGCUGAAGCACAAGGCAUCAUGGACAGAAGCGGUAUGUGUAUCGAGAUCGGAGCGCAUCCCAUCCUCACGCGAAUGGUCAAGUCGAUCAUUGGCCAAGAGUUCCGAUGCCUUGCCUCUCUCCGCCGCAAGGAGGACCACUUCAAGACACUUGCGGACUCUCUUUGCGCCUUGCAUCUGGCUGGCUUCUCUGUUAACUGGGACGAGUAUCAUCGUGACUUUGCUUCAUCUCGCAAUGUUCUUCAGCUUCCCAAGUAUAGCUGGCAGCUUGCAAACUACUGGAUGCAGUACAAGUACAGCUGGUGUCUUACCAAAGGCGAUGAACCUGUCGAGACCACUGCAAUUGGUGUACCCGUGCAGGCGAGAGCACUGCGACUCAGCGAUUCAGUGCACAAUGUCAUUGAGCAGGUUCAUGGUGACAAGAGAAGCUCCAUCACUGGUGAGUCUGACAUGCAUGACCCAUCUCUCUUGGCCAUUGCGCAAAACCAUCGUGUCAACAAUUUGACUAUGGCUCCUUCGACUCUCUUCGCCGACAUCGCAUUCACCCUCGCCAAGCACCUCAUCGAGAACCACGGCCUCGACACACAGACGAACCUACCCUCCAUCAACAACAUGGCCGUCGAAAAGGCUCUCAUCGUCGGAGAGACUGGGCCUCAGUUGUUCCGAGCAUCGCUUGACAUGGACUGGACUUCCAUGCAUGGCUCAGUUCGUAUCUUCAGCGUCAAUGCAAGCGGAAAGCAGACUACUCUCCACGCAGUCUGUGAUGUCGCGGUCGAGAACCCGAGCACCCACCGCGAAAGCUGGCAGAGCCACGCUUACCUCAUCCAGCGAGGCAUCAAACAGCUUGUCCAAGGUGCCAGUGAUGGUUCUGCCCAUAUGAUGCGUCGUGGCCUCUUGUACAAGAUCUUCUCCAACUCAGUCCAAUACGGGUCUGCUUUCCAAGGCAUCGAGCAGGUUUGGUUCGACAGUGAAGGUCUCGAAGGAACUGGCAAGGUCUUCAUGCCCUCUGGCAAGGAUACCUUUGCGCUCAACCCGUAUUGUUGUGACAGCCUAGGUCAUAUCACUGGCUUCAUCAUGAACUGCAGCGAUAGCUUGGAUCUCGAUGAUCACGUCUACAUCAACCAUGGCUGGCGCACUCUUCGUCUGGUCGAGCCUUAUCAGUGCGAUGUUCAGUAUCAGACAUACGUCAAGAUGCAGGCUGUUGGCUCUGACGACUCAACUUACAGUGGAGAUGUCCAUGUUCUUCGUGAUGGGAAGAUCAUCGGUAUCUGUGGUGGCGUCACCUUCAAGAAGGUCGCUCGCAAGGUACUGGAGAUGCUUCUUCCCAAGCCUUCUGGCGCAAAGGCCAAGCAUGGUGCUGUCAAGCAUGUUGCUCCCGAGCCCAUCAAACACGCUGUUCUUACUCCCCCAUCCACCACUAGCCAUAGUCUUGGCACAGUAUCGCCUCCCGAACAAACAGAAUCGCCGGUUGGCUCUGCUUCUGGUCUUGUUCAGAAGGCUCUCGAGAUCAUUGCCGAUGAGAUUGGCGUCGAUAUCUCUGACCUCACUGACUCUACACUCUUGGCCGACCUGGGCGUCGAUUCACUCAUGUCCUUGACCAUCCUUGGCAACUUCCGAGAAGAGCUUGACCUGGACAUACCCGCAGCACAGUUCUACGAGUUCUCGACCGUUCAGGAUCUCAAGUCCUUCCUUGGAGCCAACGACCAAGAUUUCUCAAGCUCAAACUCUGAGGCAGAGAGUUCCGCGUCUAGUGCUGCUUCAACAUCCCCCAGUGACCAUGGGGACGAUGUCGUUGAGGUCAAGCCCGUUGUAGCUGAGAUUCCUCGCUCGACCUCUACGAUCUUGCAGGGCACCAAACACUGUUCGCGAACGCUCUUCCUCUUCCCUGACGGUGCUGGCUCGGCAACUUCUUACGUCACUCUCCCGUCCAUUUCGCCGGAUAUGAGAGUCAUUGGAUUGAACAGUCCGUACCUCACCAAGCCGCAUGAGUUCAACUGUGCUCUGCAAGACAUCACUGGCUCUUACUUGAACGAAGUACGUCGUCGCCAACCCUCAGGUCCUUACCAUCUUGCCGGCUGGUCAGCGGGAGGCGUAUCAGCUUUCGACGCCGCUCGACAACUCGUCUCCGAGGGAGAGGUAGUCGAGAGCCUCAUCCUGAUUGACUCACCCAACCCCGUCGGUCUCGGCAAGCUACCAAAGCGUAUGUACGACUUCCUCGAAAAGUCAGGUAUCUUUGGCGCUUUCGAGAUGGGUGAGGAAGCUCAAGCACCACCAGAUUGGCUCUUCCAGCACUUUUGUGUCUUCAUCGAGGCUCUGGAUAGGUACGUGCCCGAACCGUUUGAGCAUGGCAUGGCACCCAAGACGACCAUCAUCUGGGCUGCAGACGGCGUGUGCAAGAACCCUGAUGAUCCUCGUCCUGAGGCACAGCCUGAUGAUCCUCGGGGAAUGAAUUGGCUCUUGAAUAACAGGGAGGACUUUGGGCCGAAUGGUUGGGACGAGUUUAUUGGUCCUGAGAACAUUGGCACAAUGGCGAUUGAGAAUGCCAAUCACUUUACUAUGAUGAGGGAGCCGAUUGCGUCGGCCCUCUGUGCGAAGAUCCGGGAGGCGAUGGGGGCCCGUGUUAGUAUACCCACCGUAAAAGACGGUGCUGAAUGGCCCUUUCUCUAUCGAAUCUACCUCAACUGCCUCGCUUGGACUGUGCACAAGCUUGUAUCAUUUCUGACUGGUCUGAAUGAGGGUCAUGAUCUACAAAUCAAAAUCGACACCCCGGGACUGGGAGCAGGGCAUGUUAUCUGCAACGUGUGGCUACCCCGAUCUACCAACGGAAGUGAGCCAAAACAUCCACUGGUGUUAGUUCUCGAAGGCGGAGGUUUUGUCUUUAGACAUCCUAAAGAUGGAAGGUUAAAUAAUCGUCGAAUUGUUGAUCAGACCCGAGCAAUCGUCAUGUCGGUUGAUUACGCCAAAGCGCCACGAUACCCGUAUCCACACGCGUUGCUGCAGGCCUAUGAAGCCCUGCGUUGGGCUCUGACGUGCCCAGCUGCCUGUCAAGGCAUCUGUGUUGAUCCUUCACGAGUAGCGAUUGGAGGAAACUCUGCCGGUGGCAAUUUAACCGCAUCUUUAUCUCUACUGCUGUCCUUUCGAAGUGGUCCUUGUUACACCUUCAGGGAGCGCCUACCACUGGACUUCAAACAGGUCAUGCAUUUCAUGCUUUACCCCAGCCUCGAACUGCGCUUGCCAUACGACCUCAGGCUCUCUCGCUCUACUACCGACGCCCAGAAGCAUAGCCUACCUACUUGGAUGGCCCAAGCAAUGGAACAGUCAUACUUGCCGCCAAGAAUCUGCAAGGACGACGUCUUUGUAUCUCCUGUCGCUGCUAGCAUAGAACUUCUCCGUGAACUGGAUAUACCGCCUGCUUUACUCUUCACCGGCAGCCUGGAUUGUCUCAAAGAGGAGGGCUUCUGUUAUGCGCAAAAUUUUACGAAAAGCGACAAGGAAGUCUCUUUCCAUGAAUUCGGAGGUGGCACUCACGGGUUCUCGGUCAGACCAAAGGAGGGGAGCUCGGAGGCGCAGAACAUCUACGAGGAAUGUUGGGAUAGAAUAUGUCGUUCACUACGAGAAGCGUCCGUAUAG